AUGGACACGAACAUUUUCACCGGUGACGGAGAAUUUAUCGAUGUCACCGGGCAGAUACUCUCCGGGAUGCAGUUCCACGACUGCCGACAAGCGGCCCAUUGCAUGCUCUACGCAGACGCCACUCUCCCCUUCAAAGAAUACGACAAGGUUUAUUUCCCACGGGCAGCUGUACACAUGCAGUGGCGGUUCGACGGUCACAUCGGAUUCCCCGGAGGGAUGGUCGACCCGGGCGAGACUCCUGUGCAGACGAUCAACCGGGAAUUAGUUGAAGAGUCGGGGAUCGAGAUGAACAGGGUCGUCCUCGGCCCGGAGGACCUUUUGUACGUCCACCUUAGUCGGACGACCAACACACUCCUCUAUUUCUACGUCAAAAAAAUCAGCUUGCAGCAGAUCGAGGAGAUCGAAAGGUCAACGGUGUCGCGGGGCGAUUUCGGCAGGGAGGUCCUCGGGCUGGUCCGGCCACCGCUCUACACCAUUGCAGACGGCUACAGAGGAUUUCCGGCCUUCCUCGACUCCCCUUUCAUCGGCAACGCCAAACAGCAACUCUUGCUUGGACUCCUUUUGAAAAAUAUCAUGUCACAAAAAGAGAUAAUGGAAGCUUUGGCAAAAACCAAAGCCGGCCUUCCUUUUAAAUCCCUGACUUGUUAA